AUGGAUAAAGGUUCUACAAAGGUCAAAUUAUUGUCUCUUGAAAACGAAAUUAUUGAAGUUGACGAAGAAGUCGCUAAGAAGUCAUAGUUAAUUAAAAAUAUGAUUGAAGAUACUGGAACUGAAGAUGAUAUUCCAAUUCCAAAUGUUAAGAAGGAGAUUCUUUUAAAAAUUUUAGAGUACUGCGAAAAGCACAAAAACGAUAACCCACCUGAAAUCGAAAAGCCAUUAACCACCAGCAAUUUAAGUGAAUUAGUAGAUCCAUAUGAUGCUAAAUUUAUUGAUAUUGAAAAUCUCGAAUAACUCUUUGAAAUUAUAUUAGCUGCUAACUAUCUCGAUAUAAAAUCUCUUCUUGACUUAGCUUGCGCCAAAGUUGCUACUCUUAUCAAGAACAAAACUCCUGAUGAAAUCAGAAAAACUUUCAACAUUCCUAACGACUUUACCCCUGAAGAAGAAGCUCAAAUUAGAGAAGAAAAUAAAUGGGCUGAAGAAGCCACUUCUUGA